AUGGCCGAAGAUUCCGUCGCAGAACCUGUCCUCCAGUUCGGCUUCAAGAAGCGCUCCAAAGCCAAGGCCAACUUUCGCAAGAAGCCCGCCACUCCACCUCCGGCCUCCGAUGACGACUCUGGCUUUACCUCCUCAGACGAUGACGAGGGACAUCGCAUUAAGAGACGCCGGAAGAAUGUCGCUGUUUCCGCAUCCUCCACUGCCAAUGCCCCCCGAAAAGAUCCCGAGGCCGACCAAACGUCGAACGCCGCGCCCGUGCGCUUGACCUCGAGCAACGAUGCAACCAAAUCCGCCAACUGGUACGAUGAAGAUCUCAACGCAAAGAACCUGCUAGGGUCAACACGAUCGCGCGCGGGUAAAGAGAAUACUUCCAAUGAGCCAGUCGUCGACGGAACAUAUAAGGGUUCUGCCAACUACCAGUCCUUCAUUCAGAAGAACCCCGAUGCGCCGGGCAAAAAGUUCGGUCCGAUGAAGGCACCCACGAAUGUGCGCACAGUCACCACGAUGGAUUUCGCCCCGGAUGUUUGCAAGGACUACAAGCAGACUGGAUUCUGUGGUUUCGGCGAUUCUUGCAAGUUCUUGCAUGCUCGUGAAGAUUACAAACAAGGAUGGGAGCUGGAUCGUGACUGGGAGUCUGGGACUGGCAAGAAUCAGAACGGAAAGGUCGUUUCCCAACGGAAAGGCGCUGGCAUGGCCGACGAGGAGGACGAGGAUGAGGACGAUGCAUUGCUCGAAAGCAUCCCUUUCGCUUGCAUCAUCUGUAAGAAAUCCUACAACAAUCCCAUCAUGACCAAAUGCGGUCACUAUUUCUGCGAAUCCUGCGCUCUGCAGCGGUAUCGCAAGAACCCAAAAUGCGCAGCUUGUGGCGCCGGGACUGGUGGUGUCUUCAACACGGCAAAGAAGCUCAACGCUUUGCUGGACAAGAAACGCGAGCGCGCGCGGAAGCUACGUGAAAAGGCAAUCGCGGAAGGCAAGGAUGUUCCCGACGAAGAGGAGGGUGGUGAAUGA